UCGCCAAAAUCUAAAAUGACUUCUUCAUCUUCAUCUUCUCCGGUCUACACCUGCACGGAGUGCGGAGCAAACCUGAACCUGAACGCAGCCUAUCUCUACCCGCCGGACGUUUACUUCGAGGCCGGCAACAAGAAAACGCUGUCGUUUUCGGGGAUCGACACGACCAAAUUCAGGUUCGAGAAGGAGGACAAGAUCAUGCCCUUCUGGGAGACCCGAAACUAUUGGGGGAUCCAACGGACGAGGACCAAGAUCAAGUGCAACGGAUGUGGGCGGCUGGUCGGACACGUGUACGACGAUGGGCCGCCGAUGAUGGUGGGGAAUGGGCAGUAUGGGUUCGGGCCCAGCCAGGUUAUUCCCAGAGCGGCUAGGUACAGGUUCAAGAUCAAGGCCUUACGGGUUUCGUCUCAGACUUGAUUAGUUGGGAACAUUUGUGUAAUCGGAUCAUUUUACUGUAAAGAGUGACAUUUUUAGUUUAAUGAAUAAUGCUUUUGUGGUUUUAUUCUGUACUCGUGAUUAUUAUUUUUUGUCUUUCUGAAUUUUGGAGAGUUGGUAAGAUUGAGGGUCAACUGUAAACUAAAAUCAAAUGAAGCGAAAAACAAUUUAUGUUUAGAAACUUGCCUAAAUU